GGGAUCACAAGUCGAGCCGAGGCCAGCUGACGGAAUGUAGCGAUUUUUAUACCAUGUAAUCUUGGGAUUUGCGUGUCGCACGUUCACAUCUUUGUUCAGGAGUCGCUGAAAAUCGAACGAGGACCGGGACGAACAGCGCCAUCCGCCCGACGCGUUCUCCUCUCGGCCCAGUGAAAAGGACGUCUAGGCGUUAAAUGCCGGCAACCGACGGGACCGAGGUGUCGAGUGUUUACAGAGCGGCCGCACGGAAGCUCGCCCCGCCGGCCAUUUCCUCAUCCGGACCCGAGCCUACGACGAAGGACGGCUGACCGCGGAAUCGAGUCGCGUCCACCCGCGCCCGGCCCACAGCCGACGACGACGUCAAUCCGGCCGACACUCGCACUUUUCGUAGUCGCCAUUUUGUAGUCGCCUGAAAUUAUUUUAUAUCGGCCGUUUAUUUAUUUCGAGACGCAUCCUCCUCAGGCCCGACGACGCGCCCUCUCCUCCGUCGCCGGUCCGACCGUCCACGACGGCGAUUCACACGGUCUUCUGGAAGUGAAAUGGUUUUGAAUGUCCUGUCGGUAAUCUCCUGGGUUUACUGCGCGUACAGGUACAACGCCGCACUCGGAUAUUACAUCGUACGUUGAAUGAUCGAGCGCCUGUCGUCCAAGGGCAGAAGAGAUGACGAUUUCAACCAGGGGCCAGACGGUCGAGCCUCCGGACGGCGAAAACAAUAUCGUCCCGGUUCAGCCUGCUGGCCUACAAGUGGAACCUCAAAGUACAACAGACAAUGAGGCGGUUACAGCGCACUCGUGCAACGACGCCAACUGUACCUGCCAGGAGCCGGAGUUUCCUAUAGAAAAACUAGCGAUCCUGGAUGCCAAGAUUUCGAGCACCCGGUGGGUCGUACCCGUGCUACCUGAGCAGGAGUUGGAAUGUCUCAUGCAGGCAGCGAUCAACCUUUGCCGGACGGGCGACGAUGUCAAAUCGGAAGCUUGCCAACAGUUCUUCCGCGAAGGUCUUACCAUCUCGUUUACCAAAAUACUCACAGAUGAGGCGGUCAAUUCGUGGAAAUACAACAUCCACCAGUUCAUCUACCAGAACUGUCUCAGGCUAGUCGAACUCUGUGUAGUAAAGCUCUCUGAUGAUUGGUUUCCACUGCUGGACUUGCUCGCAAUGGUUUUAAAUCCAAACAAUAGGUUUCAUACAUUUAAUGCGUCUAGAGCUAGUGAAACAGUACCUGCAGGUUCUAAGGUUCUUGAGGAGGAAAUUUACGCUAGACCCCCAGACGCCACAAGGUCUCCGAGAGGUUGGCUAGUCGACUUGAUCAAUAAGUUCGGUAGUUUAGGAGGUUUCCAGAAGCUUGUUGAUCGUUUUCAACCUGGAAAUACUGUCCCAGUGCCUGUAAUUCAUGCUUUGAUUCGACCUUUCGGCCCUUGUUAUGAAUUAUUAACUGUACAUACUAUAGAAAAAUAUCUUAUGCCAAUAGUAGAACGAGUGCCUCAUUUUUUAGAUAAUCUUACAGAUGAAGAGUUGAAGAAAGAAGCCAAAAAUGAAUCAAAAAAUGAUGCGAUAUCAUCAAUUAUUAAAUCAGCAAAAUGUCUAGUAUCUAGGGUUACCGGUCAAGAAGAAACAGUCAAACAAUUAGAAAUUUUUAGACUAAAAAUGAUCUUAAGGUUAUUACAAAUUUCAUCGUUCAAUGGUAAAAUGAAUGCAUUGAACGAAGUCAAUAAAGUUAUUGCAGGAGUUUCUUAUUAUCCCCAUCGGCAUACGACGACAAAUAUGGAUCCAGAAGGGGAAUGGUUGACUCCCGAAAGGAUGGCUAAAUGGAUCAAGGAAAAUGGUGUACUUCAAAUAGUACUCCGAGAUUCAUUGCAUCAACCGCAAUACGUUGAGAAACUCGAAAAGAUACUUCGAUUUGUCAUCAAGGAGCGUUGCCUGUCUUUGGAAGACCUGGACAGCCUUUGGGCGGCGCAACAGGGCAAACACGAAGCGAUUGUGAAGAAUGUGCACGACCUCUUGGCAAGGCUCGCCUGGGAUUUUUCGCCCGAACAGCUCGACCAUUUAUUCGAGUGUUUCCAGUCGAGCUGGACGUCCGCAAACAAGAAACAGCGAGAGAAGCUGCUCGAGCUGAUAAGGCGGCUCGCCGAGGAUGACAAGGACGGUGUCAUGGCACACAAAGUGCUCACCCUCUUCUGGAAUCUAGCCCAUUCUGAUGAUGUUGUGACUGAAAUUAUGGAUCAGGCGCUUAGUGCUCAUGUUAAAAUAUUAGAUUAUAGUUGUUCACAAGAAAGAGAUGCUCAAAAAACUGAGUGGUUACACAGAUGUGUGAAGGAGUUGAAAAACAGCAAAAACUGGGUGUUACCAGCUCUAAAACAAAUUAGGGAAAUAGCUUGCCUAUAUGAAUUGCCACCGAAUGCUAAACAAUUGAGUCAUCACGUUUGUUAUAGACAAGAAGUCAUAAACAGGUUGCAGACGGAUCACGAGUUAGUAGUUCUGGUUACAAACAAUUUGACAAAUUACAUGGAAAAAGUUAGGCAGAUAGUUAAAGAAGAUCCGAAUUUAGAUCCAAACGAAUAUUACCCCGAUAAGAGGUACAACCACUUAGCACAAGUUCAAGAAAGACUUAAUUUUCUGCGGUUCCUUCUGAAGGAUGGACAGUUGUGGCUUUGCGCUGACCAGGCAAAACAGAUUUGGCAGUGUUUAGCAGAAGGGGCUGUCUUCACCUCAGAUCGAGAAGCAUGUUUUAAGUGGUUCUCCAAACUGAUGGGCGAGGAACCAGAUUUGGACCCAUCGGUGAACAAGGACUUCUUUCAGAACAACGUCCUCCAGCUGGAUCCUUCGCUUCUGACUGAAAGCGGAAUGAAGUGCUUCGAAAGAUUUUUCAAAGCUGUGAAUUCAAAGGAAGGAAAAUUGAAAAUGAAGAAACGAACCUUUUUAAUGGAUGAUGUUGACCUGAUCGGCAAUGAAUACAUUUGGAGAGUAGUAACUUCAAGUGGUGAUGACAUGGCUGCUAGGGCGAUUCAGCUGUUGAAAGAAGUCACGACAAACCUCGGCCCACGGUUGCAAGCAUCCAGCAUUCAAUUCCACCAGACUUACAUCAGUGAAUGCUUAGACAGGCUGCGUGCUCAUUAUGAUACUGUUGUCGUCCUCCGCACGGGAACUGCUGAUGUGCCUAGGAUCCACUUAGAGUGUGUGAAAAUGUGCCGUGUGCUUAAAGUGCUUAAAGAGUAUAUAAGCGAAUACGAUGGGGAGUUCAGUGGUGAAAGGAAAUGCUUACCUUUAUACAGAGCCUAUAGAGGCAAACAAGUCUCUUUGACAGUAAGGUUUUCACAACCUGGGAGGAUGAUGGAUGAUGUAGAACUUCAGACACAUGCCAAUGAGACUGUCGGCAUCGCCCGUCGUUACAUCCUGAAGCGUAGCAAAGCUGGGGCGACACAACACGUCAAACUGGACUUGUAUUUCAACGGUGAACUUUUAGACCCAAGCGAUGAUAGACGCCUUUUAGGAGAAUUGUCAUUUUCUGAAAAGAUAUUAUUGACUGGAAAGUGGUCGCAAGCUAAUGCCAACGUAGGUAGCUCACCAGAUUCUUCAUCUGAUAGUAGUACUAGCUCUCCACAACAUCCUUAUGAUGGCCCGAAUAUUGAAGCUGAAAACAGCCUUCCUGGUGUGCUCCUUUCACAGCAGCCUCAUACGACUGCAAGUCUGCUCAAAGUCUGUGAUCUGGCAUCGUCGCUUGGCAACACUGCUCUCGCUCAGGUGGCCUAUUCCGUUCUGAACCUGUGCCCGCCUGACAACCACACACUCAACAAAUUGCAGGAGCUGUUUUCAGAUAAUGAAAACAAGCCUAACGACCAGAAUGAGGUAGUGACGAUGGAGUCCAUUUUGUACAACUCUCCUUCCCCACAAGUACUGUACAAUUUGGAGGUACUAUACGCUUUGCUCAUGCCUGCUGUGGAUCCUUUGUCAGAAAAGAUGCCUGUGUUCGAAAUGCAGUUUAAUUUCUUCAAAAGCCCCCAUUCCUGUGCUUUGUUAGAAGUUUUGACUAAAAAUGAUUUCAUGCCUUCAGCUGAUAUUACUGGAAAACGGCACACAUACUUGACCCUGUUGAAAAUAUGCAAAUUGAUGCUACUCGUCAUUGGGCACAUAGCAUACUUGGCAGCUGAAAAUCAAGCUCAACAGAGCGGUAACAACUGUCCUGUAAAUAACAACGUAGCUGUACUGAACAAAGCACUGUGCAAUAUUCCUAGUCCUACAGGGGAGUGCGUACUAAGAAACGUAUCGCUGAAAAUUGCUCAAGCUUAUAUCGAAAAAUUUGGACCUGAUAAUAAAUGGGUCUCAUGGGCACCUUCCCAGAAGAUGAUAUACACGUUAAUGCAGCUUGCAAGAGCGUCAGCAUGUGCCGAUAUCACACUUAUGUCCGCAGAACCAACAGUAAUGCAUAGUAUCAUUUCAAAAGCCUCACCACACACUUUUGAUAUAUUAGUUUGUAAGGAAGCUCUUGAGGUAUUGACAAUCGUUUUGGUUAUAAGCUCAUCAACGUUGGAGUCGUUAAUGGAGGAUGUUAACUGGCAGUCUUUCAUGAUUGAUUUAGUCCUUCUUAGCAGCAAUAGGAACAUAAGGAUAGUAGCAGCGGAACAAUUUGUACUUAUGGUUACAUUUGGUCUUUCAAACAAACCUUUGCAAUUUUGUAUUAUGCUUCUGUUCAGCGUACUUCACACGACAGUUCUUGAGCAUGCCAAAAAUUCGCACGAGUACUUUCAGUUACUCUGUCGGCUUUUAAAUCUGGCGUACAUGUACAACUGCCCGAUACCCAAUGUCGAAGGUCUACUGAACGACGAGAUCAAGUGGCUGAAGCAGACUAAGGAGCACGUCAAAGAGACGGGACACACUGGGGUUGAAGAGGCCGUCCUCGAUGGGCAUUUGGGAAUUGCGAAAGAACUUUUUGCUUUUGUAUCUCCCGAAAAGAAGUUUCUUUUCGGCUCAGAUGAAAACACUAAUUGCAACUUGAUCCAGGAACUAGUUGAAGACUUCAUUUUCCCAGCUUCGAAGAUGAUGCUGCACUUGAAAAAGACAGGAGAACUGAUACAAGAUCAGGCCGUGCCAGUGUGCAACACGCCUAUUACACUGAGCUCUGCCUUCGAGCUCCUUGUCGCCUUAUGUGAUAACUGUGUGCCGAACAUGAAAGUCCUUGUAACAAUGCUCACCGAUAUGUUUUACAGUGAUAGCGAUGAUGGACUUCAAGAAUGGGACUACCUUCCUCCGAUCGGACCAAGACCUAUUUCUGGGUUUGUUGGCCUAAAGAACGCUGGUGCCACUUGUUAUAUGAAUUCGGUCCUUCAACAGCUCUACAUGGUCUCAAGCAUUCGUCAGGGGCUUUUGGCCGCCGAAGGGGCAACAUUUGACAUAGAAGAUUUUUAUAAUAACUACACUGAGAGCAUAAUCAACAUCAGCAGUGAACACGAAGAGAAAGCGUCAUUGGAAGAGUCUCGAAAAGAGUACAAUAUUGGAAUAUUAAAACAGGUCCAGGCGAUAUUUGGUCACUUAGCAUAUAGCAAACUUCAAUACUACAUCCCCAAAGGCUUAUGGAAACAUUUUAAAUUACAAGGCGAACCGGUUAAUCUAAGAGAACAGCAAGACGCUGUUGAAUUUUUUAUGAGUUUAGUAGAAAGCAUAGAUGAUGCCCUUAAAGCUUUGGGACAGGAACAGAUAAUGAGUAAAAUUUUAGGUGGAUCAUAUUCAGACCAAAAAAUUUGCAAAGGUUGUCCUCAUAGGUACUCAAAAGAAGAGCCCUUUAGUGUUAUUAGUGUCGAUAUAAGGAAUCAGUCUACUCUUCAAGAUUCUUUAGAACAGUACGUCAAAGGAGAAUUAUUGGAAGGGGCGGAUGCCUAUCACUGUGAUAAAUGCAACAAAAAGGUUGUCACUGUCAAAAGGUUAUGUGUUAAAAAACUUCCUCCCAUUCUGACAAUCCAGUUGAAAAGAUUCGAAUAUGAUUAUGAACGUGUAUGUGCCAUAAAAUUUAACGAUUACUUUGAAUUUCCGAGAGUAUUGGAUAUGGAACCGUACACCGUUUCUGGACUUGCAAAAAUCGAGGGUGAAGUCGACUGUGAUUACAAUGAAUGCCCCAAAGAUGUAAGUACAAAAUACCACCUCAGCGGUAUCGUGGUGCACAGCGGGCAAGCCAGUGGUGGCCACUACUAUUCGUAUAUACUCCACAAGCUGAAGGACGGUACGUCCAAGUGGUACAAAUUCGACGACGGUGAAGUGACAGAGUGCAAAAUGGAGGACGACGAAGAGAUGAAAUCUCAGUGUUUUGGCGGUGAAUACAUGGGAGAAGUGUUUGAUCACAUGCUCAAGCGGAUGACGUACAGGAGGCAAAAACGAUGGUGGAACGCUUAUAUGUUGUAUUAUACUAGGCAGGAUGGUGAUGAGGAAACUCUAGUCAAAUCUAUUAAUCAACUCUCUCUCUGUGAUAGUAAACAUGGCUUAAUGAAAAUGCCUGUAGCAAUAGAACGAAGUGUACGCCGCCAAAAUAUAAGUUUUAUGCAUACCCGAAAUCAGUUUAGCGCUGAGUACUUUCAAUUUAUGAGAAGACUAGCAACUUGUACAUUGCCUAAUGCAGCUCGACAACACACAGUAGAUAAACCAAAUGAACUUCAGACGCCUGAAGCCGAGGAGCUGUCACUUCUUAGCAUUCAGAUUGUAAGCAGGUUCCUCUUCCACACCGGGUUUCACACGAAGAAGUGCCUGAGGGGCCAGGCCUCCGACUGGUACGACGCUCUCUACCACCAUUUAAAAUCUUACGCUUCCGUCAGGUCUUGGUUCACGCAUAACAUUCUGUUCAAACAUCCUAACCGGUUUUGCGAAUACCUAUUGAGUUGCCCGAGCACAGAAGUCAGGACCGUUUUCAUGAGAAUAAUUGUUUUUUUAGCCCAUUUUUCGCUGCACGAUGGGCCCUGUCUGCCGCCUAUGGUCAACUCCCCAAUGAUCCUGUACAACCAGAAAGCGACGAUCAGUGACCACCUGUUAGCAGCGAUUUUGUCCUUGCUACACAAAGAGGUUUCAGAACAUGGCCGACACCUACUUCAUUACUUCACACUUUUCCAUAUGUAUGCGUCCUUGGGGAUGCACGAGAAAAAUCAGCUCCUUCAGUUAAACGUACCUGCAACAUUUAUGCUGGUGGCCUUGGACGAAGGGCCAGGACCAGCAAUUAGAUACCAAUAUCCUGAAUUGACUAAAUUACAUUGUGUCGUCUCACAGCUUAUCAGAUGCUGUGAUGUAACUUCUAAACAAAAAUCAUGCGUACAGGGAGAGCCACCGCUUCCUAAUCCCUACGGCGAAGAGGAGUGUCUUAGAGAUAUUCAGCCUCAAGUUGAAGAAAUUCUGUACGGUAGGACAAGCUAUGUUAAAAAAAUUAUCGAGGAUUGCCAGGCCACAGAAGAGGGGGCGAAGAUGCUUCAAUACUGUUGCUGGGAGAAUGCUCACUUUUCACGGGUCGUACUGAGUGAGUUGCUGUGGCAGAUAGCGUUUGCGUAUUGCCACGAGUUAAGACAUCACAUCGAUUUGCUUCUGGCCGUCGUCAAAAUGGAAGACUCGUGGCAGAUGCACAGGCUCCAUAAUGCGCUCAACGGGAUCCCUGACGAGCGCGAGGGGCUUUUUGACACAAUCCAAAGAUCAAAGAACCAUUAUCAAAAAAGAGCAUAUCAAUGUAUAAAAUGUUUAGUUACGUUGUUCUCCGAAUGUCGGCCAGCAUUGAACCUCCUUCACUCAAACUCAGAAAUGAAACAAAAAUGGGCACUUGCGAUUGAGUGGCUUCAGGAUGAACUUGAAAGGAGGCCCUAUGGGACAAACAAUCCAUACAGUUUUAAUAGUUGGUCACCUCCUGCCCAAUCAAAUGAAUCAGCAAACGGUUUCUAUUUAGAAAGAUCGAACAGUGCUCGAAAAACUCUAUCAAGGGCUUGUGAACUAUGCCCUGAUGAUGAUCCUGAAUUAGAUGAACCUUGUGAUGAUAAUGAACCAUGUCAGUCUGAAGAACCGAUGGUGGUCGAAUCCCUUGAAUUCAAUCAGGCAAGAAGCAUUCAUUCAAUUAUGCCGCAACAAAGGUCUUUUGCUGAGUGUUUGCCAUCUACGACAGUAGCCACAACUACAACAGCAUCAACAACAGUUGUAGUCAGUACGAUCAACACCACAACGACUUCUUGGAUUAAACUAAUUGAAGACCCUUUCCAAUCAUAAAUCAACAAAUAAGGUUAACUUAUGCUUCAGAAUAUUGACUGGGGAGAUAUCGACUGUUAGAUUGAGCAUGACACGACGUCGAUUCCAGUGCGAUAACCGGACCACCAACCACCACCACCAGUCUCUCAGGACCUGUGACGUUUUCGGUGCUUGUAUAAAAUUUGUAUCACAGGUUGUCUUUAUUAGACACUAAAAUGCCA